UCCUCUCAAGCCCAUGCUGUGAACCGCCCCCUCACCUUUCAAUCAAUUCAAAUAUCGCACGGAGCAAACCAAUCGCAAGCCUUGUCGAAGGGAAAAGGCGGCACCUUGCCCGGAAGUGCUGGUUAAAGUCCCUCCAAUCAGAGGCUAGGUGCGGGAAGUUUGAAUUUGGCGGACUCUCCGGGUGUUUGCGUUCCUGCUCCCUGGCGGCGGUGGUCUCCCAGGCCGAGUUGUUAUUGUUAGGGUGCCUUUACUUUUCGUUUUGCUGAGGUUUCACGCUAGAAGGUGCUUCAGGAUGUCUUCGUCACACUUUGCCAGUCGACACAGAAAAGAUUUAAGUACUGACAUGAUUAGAGCCAAAAUUGCUCGUAGGAAAUCACUGUCUCAGAAAGAAAACAGACAUAAGGAAUACGAACGAAAUAGACAUUUUGGUUUGAAAGACAGCAACAUUCCAAUCUUGGAACAUAGAGUUCUUGCUUCAUUAGAUGAGACAUCUCAAGAGCUUGUUCCAGAAAAGGCCAAUGUCAAGCCAAGGUCAGCUAAAGCUGUUCUAGGUGAUCAACGAAAACAAAUGCUACAAAAAUACAAAGAAGAAAAGCAGCUUCAAAAAUUGAAAGAGCAGAGAGAGAAAGCCAAACGAGGAGUAUUUAAAGUGGGUCUUUAUAGACCUGAUAAGCCUGGUUUUCUUUUGUCUCUUUCAAAAUCAAAUGCUGUGAAAGCUGAGCCCAAAAAGGCCGUUCCAUCAUCUUCCAUACGGAUUACAAGGUCAAAGGCCAAGGAGCAAAUGGAGCAGAUUAAGAUUGAUAAUGGGAGCAUUCAAGCAAUCCAGUCUGGUCAAAGAGUAACUUCUGAAAAGAAAGUGUUGGACAAAGAGAAAAAAGUCCCUGCAUCGGUGAGAAUGACUCGAUCAGCUACUCAAGCAGCAAACCAAAUUGCCAGAAUAGUCUCAUCUACCACAAUAAGAAAGCCAGCCUCAAGAGUUACUAACGGUAAUGAACUAGAAGGAAAGGCACCAACUAAAGGAAGACCUAUCAAAAAGGUAGAAGCAAAACCUGACAAGGACAUUUCUUUUAAAGUUGGUAAUAAAGAAAACAUGUUGGAUUCACAAACCAGUGCAACAAAUGAAAUGGAUCCAGGUGGAACUUUAUCAAAAGUGGAAAAUUUACCUAAGACAAAUACUACAAAAAUGAAAGGGAAGAAUUCCUUUGCACCCAAAGAUUUUAUGUUUCAGCCACUGGAUGGUCUGAAGACCUAUCAAGCAACAACCGUGAUUCCCACAACAACCAAUGCUUUCUUGACACCUAGUUACACCUGGACUCCUUUAAAAGCAGACGUUGAUGAGACUGAAGAAGCAACAAAUGAGAUUUUGGCACAAAAAUGUAAAACUCACUUUGCUGAGACAAUAGAGCAAGAUGCAAAUACAGCACAGUGUCCUUUGGGUUCUCCAACAGUUUGGAAUAAAGAGCAAGUCUUAAACAAAAACGAAGCUGCUACUAAAAAUUCAAACGGCCUCCCAAUUAAAGAAGCCUCAUCACUUGAGAUAAACGAAGGUCAGAUAUCUCAGCCACAACAUGAUGUGCCUUAUUUUAGAAGUAUUCUUCAGUCGGAAACUGAAAAAUUAACUUCACGCUGCCUUGAGUGGGACAAGCAGCUUGAAUUGGACAUUCCAGAUGAUGCUAAAGAUCUUAUUCGCACAACAGUUGGUCAAACAAGACUUCUUAUGAAGGAAAGAUUCAAACAGUUUGAAGGACUGGUGAAUGACUGUGAAUAUAAACGAGGUGAAAAGGAGACCACCUGUACAGAUCUGGAUGGAUUUUGGGAUAUGGUUAGUUUUCAGAUAGAUGAUGUAAACAAAAAAUUCAACAAUUUGAGCAAGCUUGAGGAAUCUGGGUGGCAACACAAUAAUAGUACAAGCAAAAAAGUUGUUCGGAAAAAAGUUGUGUCAAGUAUAGCGAGUAAACCAAAACAGGAUGAUGGUGGAAGAAUUGCAGCUAGAAAUCGCCUAGCUGCCAUAAAAAAUGCAAUGAGAGAGAGAAUUAAGCAGGAAGAACAUGGUGACACUGCAGUCUCUGUAAUACCAAAGGAAGUUGAUAAAAUAGUGUUUGAUGCCGGAUUUUUCAGAAUUGAAAGUCCAGUUAAAUCAUUCUCAGGACUUUCUAUCUCUUCUGAGCAUCUUUCUCAAAGACUUAGAACACCUAAGUCUGUCAGCAAAGCUGUGUCUCAGAGCACUGCUGAGAUGAACCAUCUAAGACAAACUAUGACACCAGAGAAUCCUGAUCUUCAGAGCACCAAAAGUGAACACAUUGUUGAUAAGACUUUGCUUUCAAAUAUUCCUGAAAACAGGAACAGCAUGGUAGAAGAUGCCCAGUGUCCUGGAUUACAGGAUUUAACUGAAGUAAACCAUGAUGCAAAUAAGAUAAACUUUGAGAUGGAUUGUUUACCCAGUGAAAGAAUGAAUUUGCUCCUACUUGCUGGUGAAGUAGCAGAUAAUUCUAAAAAAAUGGAAGGCAUGUCGGAUGUUGUGGAAGGAAUGGAACUGAACUCUCCCAUCAUAGCACAAGAUGUUUUGAUGAGUAGCCUUGAAAAAUAUGUACCAUCACAAAGUAACAUUUCACAGGAGGAAGAAACUAAAAUUUCUUUGUGUCAAUCAGGACUAUUUGAUAAUAAAAUUCUCACUACUGAAUGCCGUCUUCUUGAUUCAGUAAGUUUCCAAAUAAGUUUCUUUAUUCUAGAUUUCUUUUAUAAAAUGGCUACUACUCGCUUUUACAUUUAUGUGCAAAGUUUAAAAUUUAUAUCAUGUCAUUAUUUUGCUUGCUUUGAAAUCUAUUCUUUUUCUCAAGAGGCAAACAUUUCCCAUGUUUAUGUACUUUAAAAUAUCCUGGUUUAGUAUUAAAUCCUGAAGAUUCAUUUCCAUGUAUGAUUUAUAUAUCAAAUUUUUUAUGACAAGUUGCUUGACUAAAAUAUCUAAUGUGUGGCUUGGAUUAUGCUGGGUGUUUGUAAGUGAUGCAAGAAAAAUAUAUGGCAAGGUUUUUGCUCUUCUAAACCUACAAUUGGGGAGAUAAUGUCUAUCCCACCUGCAGUCACCACUGGUUAUUUUAGUUUAAUUCUUUUAGAUUAUUUAUGUCCUGCCCUUUUAUUUGGAAGCUUUCCCCAGCCUUAACUCUUGGUAGCCUUUACCUCUAAAUCUAGUUCAAACAUUAGCCUUCUUGCCAAGGCUUCCUGGUUCUCACU